AAAACGGUAACAUCAUUUCCUUCUCCGUGUUGACGCGUCUUACACUUUCACCUCCAUGGAGUAUACACCUCGUUACGCCCAGCCAUUUACCCUGAACCAAGCAAUCCAACUGGAUAUCCCUGUGAUCACUGAAGAAAUCGCCCGGCUGCAGAACUCACUUCAGCACCUCCGUGAAACCCAGGAACUUCUUGGGCAGUAUAUCACGGAGAAUCCUGAUGACCAAGAUCCUGAAAUAGAUAAAGCCUUCGAGGAGAACGAGACUGUAAUUGGAUCGCAGGAGGAGCGUAUAGGCAUAUUGAGAAUGGCCCUAGCUGAGAAAGGAGUGAUUCUAGCCAGUCAUUACACUGCAUCUCCUUCUAACAGCGUUCCCGCUGAACGCGACGCUGUUCAACGGAGCACGGAUCCGGUCACUGGAGAUCAGAUGAAUGGGGUGAUAGCAGAGAGCGACGACGACGACGGCAUUCAUUUGUAAAUAAUUGUGCCUUCCCAUCGCAAUUCCUUCAGAAUAUAGGCAACGUCACAUACAGAUACAAUAACGAGGUGUACAGGUACAUAAGAUAUCAUCCAGAAACUGGGUUUCAAAAGAGCAUAACAGACACAACUUGCGAGGACUCGGUCACCUCCAAAAUGAUACCAUCGACGGGUCGUUGAACUUGGUAGCGUAAUGAAUUCCUCGUCGUCCGUACGAUCUAACAGCAUUGAAGGUGGAGUUUCAUGUGGACUGAGGAAGUGGCUUAUCGUCUCGAACUGAUCGACAUUGUUAGAGCAAGUGUGAAAAAAAAAGUCGCAGGGAGGGUUACUCUGUCAUAAAAGCGCUUUCGUGGCGGG